CUGAGUCAUCCCCUAUCAUUAUUUAGUUAUUACGAUUAUUCUUGAACUAAGUGCAUUGUUAAGUGAUAUCUUGAGAUUUUUCUUUUUGAGAUUUCUAGUAAAUUUAAGCAAAAUUAUUUAGUAAUAGUUAUAGAAAGUUUAUUACGAUGAGUAGCGAAUCGAUUGCACCUGCGGCCAGAAUGGACAGCCAUAAUAAUCUAGCUUCAACGAGCCCUGUGCCGUCGUUAUCUGAGUUAUACUCCCAGGUUGACUUCUAUAUUGGAGUGGGGUUAGCAAUAAGUUCUUGCUUUUUUAUCGGAUCUAGUUUUAUCAUAAAAAAGAAAGCCCUAAUGCGUUUAAGUAGACAGGGUGAGAUGCGAGCUGCUGCUGGCGGAUAUGGAUACUUAAAAGAGUGGAUUUGGUGGGCAGGCCUACUAACAAUGGCACUGGGUGAGGGCGCCAAUUUCGCAGCUUACGCUUUUGCACCUGCUUCGCUUGUAACACCAUUAGGCGCUUUAAGUGUGAUUAUAUCAGCAGUAAUGGCAUCGAAAUUUUUAAAUGAAAAACUCAAUCUUCUGGGAAAAAUUGGCUGCGUUCUAUGUAUCUUGGGAUCCACCAUCAUCGUAAUACAUUCGCCAAAAGAAAAAGAGGUUGAAAACUUGGAGGCAUUAUUUGAAAAACUACAAGAUCCAGGUUUCCUUUUCUAUGUGCUCUGCAUACUUGGCUCAACAGUGUACGUAGCCCUUUUUAUUGCGCCUCGAUAUGGACAUUCAAAUGUUGCGGUGUAUAUUUACCUAUGCUCCGGCAUCGGUUCUCUAACCGUAAUGUCCUGCAAAGCGCUUGGUCUGGCUAUUCGAGAUACGAUAAAUGGCACUAGCAACGAUUUCGCCACUUGGAUGCCUUGGUUCCUCAUAUGUGUCACAGUUACAUUCAUUGCUAUACAAAUGAAUUAUUUGAACAAAGCUUUGGAUGUCUUCAAUACGGGCAUCGUAACACCGGUGUAUUAUGUAAUGUUCACGUCUCUCGUGAUAACAGCUUCGGCAAUACUUUUUAAAGAAUUUACACAUAUGCGUUUUGAAGAUAUAUUGGGCGAUGUGUGCGGAUUCUUCGUAGUAAUCUUAGCUGUUUUCAUAUUGAAUGCGUUUAAGGAUAUGGAUAUUUCUUUGAAUGAUGUGCGCAGCAUUAUGAGACCCAAAAUGCAACGAAUUUCACAGUAUGAUGAGGAAGUAUUGGUAGCGCAUCCCAAGGAACGUAGAUACUCAUAUGGAUCUAGUGAUAUUUUCCGAAAAGCUUGACGUAAACAACGUCAUCGAGUUUAAGUAAAUAAUUUUAUACUAAAUGUACUGUUACAAAUCCUGCAUGAACGACCAAUUACGUUCACAAUGCCUUUCCUACAUUUCCAAAUUUCCCCAAAGGGAUUAACCUUAGUAAAUUAGAUGUAAUUUAUAUACCUAACAUGUAUCUGUAGCGUUAAUAAAAAGAAAUCCUACUCUAAA